UGGAGAAUAGAGUGAGACAGAAGGAGCAAAAGUCGGUGCUUUUUUUCCAUCCUUUGCUCCCUCACUCCUUUCCUCCCAGUCACUCCAAGUUGAGAACAACAGAUAGGAUGCUGUUCCUCAGCUCCUUAUCCACUACCUUCCUGCUUCUUCUUCUCUAUCCCUCUGAGCUGCCUGCACAAGAGGUGAAGGUGCGGCUUGCAGGUACAGGCCAACGCAAUGCCAACGAAGGGCGUCUGGAGGUGUUCUACAAUGGCGUGUGGGGCACAGUGUGUGACGACCAGGUGGAUCUGAACCUGGCAAAUGUGGUGUGCAAACAGCUAGGCUUUCAGCGCAGUUUUACCUGGGCGCACAGUAGCAAGUUUGGUCAGGGACAAGGUCAGAUCUGGUUGGACAAUGUGAACUGCAGAGGCCAUGAGAGCUCCAUUGCAGAAUGCGGCUCCAAUGGCUGGGGAGUCCAUGACUGCACCCAUGCUGAGGACCUGGGCAUCAUUUGUAGCCCAGAAAGAAUCCAAGGUGCCCCAGGAGGGGAGGCCCCUUCCUCAUCCAGACAAGAGCAGAGACAACCAAGAAUGAGAACCCCGCAGCAGCCAGCUCCAUCGUCGGUCUCAACUUCUCAGAGUCGAGGCCAUGAGAUCGCCCUCCACCGUAACCCGCCAUCUUCACGUCGCAAUAGGAUCUCACCGCAGGAGAACGGCCACGAGAUACAGAUCCCACGAAGGUAUAGAGGGCCAACACAUCAACAGGGGCAGCAGGUAUCAUCGCAGCCAGCAGCCAGCACCACCCAAAGGCAGGAGGAGACACCAAGAAGAGAACCACCUGCGUCGAGGCGCCAGUCCGAGAGACAGUCAAAUAGGCAGACUAAUUCCCCGCCCCAGUCCGAGAGGAAUCAGCCAUACAGUGGGAACCAUAUCGAACCAGAGCCUGUUUAUCCAGAUGUGGGACUGGAGACGGACACACAGUACAUCCAGAGUGCUGAAAGCAUUCAGCUGACCGAAGCCCGUCUACGGCCCGUGCUAUCCGGCAGCCGUGGUGGUCUGGUGACAGAGGGAGUGCUGGAAGUGAAGCACUCUGGGAAAUGGCGUCAUGUGUGCAGUCACGGCUGGGACCUCAGCAGCAGCCGUGUCGUCUGCGGCAUGUUGGGAUUCCCUUCUGCCGAGACGUUUGAUCAAAACGCCUACAGGAAACUGUGGGACUCCAAACUAGCAGAUCCAUCAUCCAGAUUGAAGACUCAGAUCACCAAGAAGGCCUACUGGGUGGAGAGGGUGCAGUGUCAGGGAAUGGAGGUCUCCUUGUCCCAGUGCCAGGCCCAGGUGUCCCUCCGCAGGAGGGAUAGUCCAUGCGCAGGGGGAAUGCACGCUGUCGUCCGCUGUGUCCCUGGACCGCAGUUUGUGCGCAACGGCCGAAGACAUACAACACACACCGUGUCGAGCAACGUGCGUCUGAAGGCGGGGCCCCGCCUUGGGGAGGGUCGCGUGGAGGUUCUGAAAGAGGGCAAGUGGGGCACCGUGGCAGACCACCUGUGGGACAUCACCGACGCAAACAUUGUCUGCAGAGAGCUCGGAUUCGGAACGGCCAAGGAGGCCCUGACAAAUGCUCAGCUGGGAGAGGGUUCCGGUCCCAUCCACAUGAACAGUGUCCAGUGCACAGGCAGGGAGACGUCCCUAACAGAAUGUCCAUCCAAAGAUGUCCCCCUGUACACCAUCAAGCACAAGCAGGACGUGGCGGUCCGUUGCAACGUCCCCAACACUGGCACGCAGACCACAGUGAGGCUUGCUGGAGGCAGAGACAAAUCGGAGGGUCGCGUGGAGGUGUUGAUAGAGGUCGGAGGAGUGAAGCGCUGGGGCUCGGUCUGCAGCGAGAACUGGGGCAUCAACGAGGCCAUGGUGGUGUGCCGACAGCUUGGCUUGGGUUUCGCCUCCAGAGCUCACCAGGAGACUUGGUACUGGGCGGGCUCCAGUGAUGCACGCGAUGUCCUUCUCAGUGGAAGUCACUGCGUGGGCUCUGAGCUGUCCAUCCAGCAGUGUCGCAAGAACGCACACGUCUACUGUCCCAGAGGUGGCGAGGGCAGAGCCGCUGGAGUCACCUGCGUGGAGAGUGCUCCUGACCUGGUCGUGGAUGCCCAGCUGCUCCAGGAGUCAUCUUACCUGGAGGACAGGCCUCUUCACCUGCUCAGCUGUGCCAAUGAGGAGAACUGCCUCUCCUCGUCUGCUGCCAGGAUGAACUGGCCUUACGGACAUCGCCGACUGCUGAGGUUUUCCUCCCGUAUCUUGAACAAUGGCCGCGCUGAUUUCCAACCGCGAGCCUCCAGGGAGAAUUGGAUUUGGCAUCAGUGUCACAGGCACUACCACAGCAUCGAGGUGUUUACACACUACGAUUUGCUGACCCUCAAUGGAACCAGAGUGGCUGAGGGUCACAAAGCCAGUUUUUGCUUGGAGGACACCUACUGCCCCGAUGGUCUCCAGAAGCGCUAUUCCUGCUACAACAUGGGACAACAAGGCAUCUCAAUUGGCUGCUGGGAUACUUACCGCCAUGACAUUGACUGCCAGUGGAUCGACAUCACGGACGUGCGACCUGGUGAAUAUGUCUUCCAGGUGGAGGUCAACCCUUCUUUGGAUAUGGCUGAAUCUGAUUUCAAGAACAAUGUGAUCCGCUGUCGGUGUAAAUACGAUGGAGCGCGUGUUUACAUGUUCGGAUGCCAUGCAGGUGAUGCUUACAGCGCUGAUGUCGAGGACUUGUUUGACCACCAGCGUCAGAUCACCAACAACUUCCUGUGAAUGGAUGCUCACUCCAGUACAGGGACAGAAGAACCAUUCAAUUCCUCAGUACACCUCAACACAAGACAGAGAGGUUGAGCGACAAGAAGACAUGAGAGGGCGAGGGCAAGUUGCGAAGGGAAUCAUGAAUUUUUGGAACCUGGUGACUGUCUACCAGAGGCAGUUCAAGUCAAGAUGAUUAAAGGAGAAAUGUUGCCAAGUCGAAAAAAAAAAGAAAAGCGCACAUCAUCCAAAAUGUCGAUUAUUUCACUUUUUCGAACCAUUUGAAAUGAUUAAAUUCCAAAGUCGAAAUCAUCACAACAGUACAGAAGGACAUUAAGGCACCACAUUAACUGAUGGCAUUCACUUUCCAAUUGCAAAUGCAUUUUUUUUUUUACUGUUACAACUGUGUGCUUUUGGGUUUUGAAUGAGAAUAUUUUUUUUUUCACUCCAUGGUGCUAUUUUGCCUUAUUUGAAUAAAUAUUGUAAUGUAUUGCACAUGUAUUGUCAUGUACAGUUUUAUAUUACCUCUCUGGAACAAUGUUAGGGCUCUAAUUUAUGCAGAUUUUAUUGUACUUUUGAGUUGGCAUUGUCCAUGCGUGGCUGUGUUUUGUAUUGUUAAUUUUAUUAUGAGAGAUCAUUUACCUGUUUGUUCUUCACCUGUUUAACAGUGGUAACACCAGAUGAGACCUGGAGGCACCACAGUAGUGCGCCUUAAACAUUACUUAAAUGGUAGAGCAAGAAUAAACAUCACCAUGACAAA